UGAGGCUUUCCGGCAACUGCUAGCAGUCAGGAAAUUGCCCUGUGAGGAAAAUUGUGGUUUCUUUAAACUGCUGUCUGCGUACCCACUGCUAGCUAAUAUAAUAUUUCAGUUUGGACACACUUAUUGAAAAUGCAGACUGAGAAGCAGGAUCCAGUAAAUUACUAUGUUGGGAUUGAUGUUGGAACGGCAAGUGUUCGUGCGGCUUUGGUAGACCAAUUUGGGACAAUAGUGGCACAUGCAGAUCAGCCAAUCCAAAUUUGGGAACCCCAACCAGACCACUAUGAGCAAUCCUCUGAUGACAUCUGGGCUGCUUGUUGCACAGUGACAAAGAAAGUCAUCCAACAAGUAGAGGUUGCCUGGAUUCGAGGGCUCGGUUUUGAUGCUACGUGUUCACUUGUUGUUGUGGAUAAGCAGUUUCAGCCCUUGGCAGUUAAUUAUGAAGGGGAAUGUAAAAGAAACAUCAUUAUGUGGAUGGACCAUCGUGCAGCCAGUCAAGUGGACAGAAUCAAUGGAACUCAACACAGUGUUUUGAGCUACGUUGGGGGAGUGAUGUCUGUUGAAAUGCAGCCGCCUAAGUUGCUAUGGAUGAAAGAAAACUUGAGAGAGUCUUGCUGGGAAAAGGCAGGCUACUUCUUUGAUCUUCCAGAUUUCUUAUCAUGGAAAGCAACAGGUGUCACUACAAG